CUCCGUCAAGUUUGACUCUCUGCCAUCAUGAAGUGCGUUUGGUUACUUGUCGCAACAGUAUCCUUUGUUAUCUGUUUAUCCGGGGCUUCUGGUGAAAAGACGUGCGAUGUUAUAAAGUUUGGUAGAGGGGAAUUUGACAAGAAAAAAGAAUGCUGGAAGAAGGAACCUACAACGCCUCAUUUGGAGGUUACAUCUAGCCCUCAAUCUUUAAACAUCAGGAGAAAAAUUCAGCGUGCGCUCAAGUGCAGACUGGGAAUACAGAAGUUUCUUGCUCAGAAAUCGUGUGAUUGUGAUCCAAGCAAAUAUACAGAUAUUGGGCUGAACAACGUUUGUCCAAUCAAAUUCGAGUAUGCAACAGAGAUUAAGAGAGGAAGAAAAAGAUGUUAUGUUGUGUAUCCUACCCGGCAAUGUGUAACAUUCGCAAAGUGCCAGACAAAAAAGAAUUGCUCGAAGACAACAAAAGGGGCGUAAAAAGUGCUUGUUUGGCUGACCGAUUCCGUUACUUCAACGUUUGGAUAUUCUGUCCGGACAACCAUAGUUUUGAAUAUGAAACCGUGC